AUGGGCCGCGUCAAGGUGACACCGAAGGGAAAAGUGAAGAAGAACAUCCCCAUCACCCGUAUAGGUAAGAAACAGUACCUGAAGCGGCGAUUUGCCCACGUCCGCGCCGUGGACGUCGCCGGCGCGAACAACCGCUUCACUCAGAAGUACUUUGAGGGCAAUAACACUGCCGAGCAAACCUUCACUCGUCUCGGACUUACCAUCGACCCAAGUGCCUCGAAGUCGGUAACGGAGAAGCGCAAGGCAAAGGUGCGGCCGCAGACGCGUUGCGUCUUUGAAGAGCAAAGCGAGCUGGCGGAGAACGAGAAGCAGGUGAAGGCCACGAAAAUCGGGCGCCCGGUCAGCGAGCAGGAAGGGUCCACCAUCGCGAACUUGAUUCAGCGUUACGGCACAGACCUGAAGCGCAUGACGCUGGAUCGGAAACUCAACCCAUUCCAGCUCAACAUGCGCCAACUGCAGCGACAAAUCGUGAAUUACCUCAAAUGGGAAAAGGCGGCCUUCCCAAAGGAGUUCGCCGAAGCGGAAGAGAAGGGCUGGUUUUCGAUUGAGCAAUUUGCUGACCCGCACCUGCGCUCGGGCCAACGAGGGUAG